AUGUUAACGAUUUACCAGAGCUUGAUCAUCGUUGACAUUGAUCAAUCUGUCAAUGUUAACGAUUUACCAGAGCUUGAUCAAUCUGUCAAUGUAAACGAUUUACCAGAGCUUGAUCAAUUUAUCAAUGUUAACGAUUUACCAGAGCUUGAUCAAUCUAUCAAUGUAAACGAUUUACCAGAGCUUGAUCAAUUUAUCAAUGUUAACGAUUUACCAGAGCUUGAUCAAUCUAUCAAUGUAAACGAUUUACCAGAGCUUGAUCAAUUUAUCAAUGUUAACGAUUUACCAGAGCUUGAUCAAUCUAUCAAUGUAAACGAUUUACCAGAGCUUGAUCAAUCUAUCAAUGUUAACGAUUUACCAGAGCUUGAUCAAUCUAUCAAUGUAAACGAAUUACCAGAGCUUGAUCAAUCUGUCAAUGUGAACGAUUUACCAGAGCUUGAUCAAUCUAUCAAUGUGAACGAUUUACCAGAGCUUGAUCAAUUUAUCAAUGUUAACGAUUUACCAGAGCUUGAUCAAUCUAUCAAUGUAAACGAUUUACCAGAGCUUGAUCAAUCUAUCAAUGUAAACGAUUUAUCAGAGCUUGAUCAAUCUAUCAAUGUAAACGAUUUAUCAGAGCUUGAUCAAUCUAUCAAUGUGAACGAUUUAUCAGAGCUUGAUCAAUCUGUCAAUGUGAACGAAUUACCAGAGCUUGAUCAAUCUGUCAAUGUGAACGAAUUACCAGAGCUUGAUCAAUCUAUCAAUGUGAACGAAAAUUUAUCAAUGUAA